GGGCAGGUUGCCGCUGAGCGCGGGAGAGAUUAGUUUGGCGGUUGCUGUCGAGAUAUUUAAAAGCUCAGCCAUUGUUCUAUUUAAGAUUGGCGGUUGUUAUUAUAAUUGUUUUUGUACGCUUUUAUAAUUUUGCAAUGGACCUGAGUGAGUUUCAGGAGGACAGCAGUAAAAGUUACCGGCUGGUAUCAAAGGUGCCCGCCGCCUGUCGGACUGAAGAUUGCUGCCUGGGCAUCGAUGAAGCGGGAAGGGGACCGGUGCUGGGGCCAAUGGUGUAUGGAAUCUGUUAUUGCCUGCUUUCUAAACAACAGCAACUUGAGGAGCUCAAGGUUGCAGACUCCAAGACACUGACAGAGAAAGAGAGAGAGAAACUGUUUACUAAACUAGAUGAAGCAAAUGAUUGUAUUGGCUGGGCCUUGGAGAUUCUUUCGCCCAACGUAAUCUCAACUUCAAUGCAGCAAAGAACUAAAUAUAACCUGAAUGCAUUGUCUCAUGAUGCUGCCAUUGGACUCAUUCAGUAUGCAUUGGACAGUGGCGUUCAAGUGAAAGAGGUUUAUGUAGACACAGUGGGACCUGCAGAAAAGUAUGAGGCAAAGCUGAAGGAACGUUUCCCAGGGCUGGAGGUCACAGUCAGAUCCAAGGCUGAUUCCUUAUUCCCAAUAGUCAGUGCAGCCAGCAUCUGUGCUAAAGUUGCCAGAGAUCAUGCUGUUCAAUCGUGGAAAUUUGUUGAAGACCUAGGUGAUAUAAACCUGGAUUAUGGUUCAGGGUAUCCGAACGACCCUAAAACAAAAGACUGGCUGGAGAACCAGUUGGACCCUGUUUUUGGAUUUCCGCAGUUUGUGCGCUUUAGUUGGAGCACAGCCCAGGCAAUUCUGGAUACACGGGCAGUACCUGUCCACUGGGAUGACGACGAGGAUGGCAACAAAAAGGAAACAUCUUCAGUGCUAUCCUACUUUCAAAGAAAGACCGAAGGCCCUAAAGAUCAGCCACAUCGUUUCUUCACUGAAAGGAAACUUGUCUCUCUUGUGAACCUAUGAGAAUGUGAUCUCAUGGAUGUGGAAAAAACACGAAACAGAGUUUGGAAUUCAAAUGCUUAUGUUUGGGGGCGUGGGAGAUGAGGAAAACAAAAGCACAGAAUGAGCUUUUCCAAGAAACAAUUUGUUUGGAAACGUGGGUCGGCAAUGAGCAACCAUCUAGCCCAUGCAUGCCAGAAGCCACAGUAACCCUGAACUGAAUGUUUGUUUCAUGAGAAUAUUGAACCUGUAACUAUUCAUCAAGGACUUAUUCCUUAUCGAUAUCUAAAGUUUGGAUUGAGUAUUUACUUAGAUUUGCAUUGUUGGGUAUUUGAUUAAGACACAGAAGCUGUUUUUGAACUUCAUUAUUUUUGAGAAUGAUAUUUAUGAAACAACUCUUUUUGGUUCCUUCCAGAAGACUGACUUUGUUCAAUUCUGAUGAAAGGUCACUUGAGCUGAAAUAUUUCUGUCGACAGAUGCUGCCUGAUCUGUGGAGUUUUUUUCAAGGUUUUUUUUUUGUUUUUAUUUCAGAUUUCCACUAUCUGGACUAAUACUGCUUUUGAAUCAGAGAUAGUAGGAACUGCUUUUGUAUGAGUGGAGGUAGACUGAAGACUUUUCUCUUUGACUGGUAUCUCCUGUCACUUUAGAUAGGAAUAGGCUGGGAACAAAUUUUCACUUUGUUUCUUUGAACUCUCCCUCUCCCUCCCCCUCCCUUUUAUUCCUCUUUCUGAGGUGCUGCCUGGUGACUUCGGUUGAAUAACAUGCAGGGUCAGGAAAUCCCUCUGUAGGAAAUCAUAAACUUGUCCUUAAGCUCUCUGUUUCUUGUGCAGCACAUUGUAGUUCCAGAGCCAGUAGCUCAAUAUUUGUCUACAGAGCUUCAGCCUUGUGAAAAUUUACUGAUGGAUGCCUGUGAGAGUUUAGAAUUAUACCAAUAAAACAUUGUCUUUUGGAACCUCUGGGCUGUCUUAGAAAUACCUUUGUCUUUAACUCCCAUUAUCGUGGGCUUUUUUUAAAAUUGAGUACGAUGGCAAGCAGACUCCAUUUGAUUUUAGUUAAUUAGCUGCUAUCAUGUCACAGAAAUUAUAGGUUUAUCCUGGAGAAAUGGAAAUUUGCAAGUGAGAAUUUAUAAUCCAACCUGAGACAAAAUUUGAACCCUGAGAAGAUCUUUAUAACAAUCCUAUGACGUGGAGGAUAUCACUUAGCUAGUUACUCCAACGUGUGUUUUCUUUGAAUUCCAUAUCCUCCUGUUAAUUCAUUUCUGUAUUUAUGUAAAUAGAAGCAGGAUGUUUACUGUCUACCCCAGUCCAUGAUUGAUGGUUUAAGGUCCCCCUACAUCUGUAGGAAUGGUAAUUAAUGGUACAGUGCAGCAGCCUCAUAGAGAUUGAACCUGAAGGACAUGGUCAAGGUUAAAAAGGAAGUAAAACUGAGAUACUUCAGUACAUCACUGCUGCUUGAUUUAAGAGGCUAGAUUAAGCGUAGAGAUCCUGUAGAAUGGUUUGAUCCCACUGCCUUCUGCCUUGGAAGUGUGAUUUGUAUUAACUGUGGCUCAGUGAUACUGACAUUGCAGAUUGUGCAGCUGAGACAGUGAAUGCUGUUGCCACAGUUAACCUGAAUGUUGUAAUUGUGAUCUGGUUUGGUCUCUCAAAUCCCAGCCUCUACCAGCUCCAUUGAGGUGAUGGUGCUCCUCCAGUUCUGACUGUUGUACAUCACUUUUUUGUUUUUAUUGCUUCACUAGUGGUGCCCAUGACUUAAGCUGCUAGGGCCUUAAACUCUGAAAUUCCCUCCAUCACCCUCUCCAUCUCUCAGUCUUCCUUUUUAAGACUCUCCACAAAAAUGUAAUUCUUUCAGAGAUCUCAUGGUCUUCUGGCCUUCCAUCUCCUCCUAAAGCACCUUGAGACUUUCUAAUAAGUGCUAUAUAAAUGCAAAUUGUUUCAUUCUCCUGAGAGGUUGCUUUGCUCUGUGCUCCUGUAGGGAUGUAAAUUGACCACAUAAACAGGUUUAACACUGACAUUUAAUCAGUAUGUUUAAACAUGAUGCUUAUUCGGCAGCAGCAUAAAGCUGUCUGGAUUUUGCAGUCAGUAACUGCUGGUCUCAAAGAAAGCUACCUACAUAGAUCUAAUUCUCUAGAAUCUGUGACAUGCUUUUCCCUUUCCAGUGGUAAUUUAAAUCUGGUGCCAAGUAAAUGGAUAAGAUGAACAUGAGAACAUAAGAAAUACGAACAGUAGGAAACGAUUCAGCCACUUCGAACUUCUUGUGCCAUUCAGUUGAUUUGAAUGAUGGCCUUAACUCCCAAUUCUUGCCACCCACUUCCCCACAUAUCACUCUAGAGACCCCUGUCGAUUAAAUAAUUCAGCUUUGAUCAUAUUCAACAACCAAGCCUCCACCUUUCAUUAGAGAGAAGUCCAAAUGCUAAUGAUCCUCAGAGAAGAAAUUCUUUUUCAUCUUUUGCCUUAACUGAAAAACACUAUAUUUUUAACCUGUGCCGCAUCAUUUUAGAUUUCCCCACAAGGGAAAACAUCCUCUCGGCGUCUACCCUAUUAAGCCUCCUUAAAAUCUUGUAUGUUUCAGUCAGAUCGCAUUUCAUUCUUCUUUUAAAAUUUAACCUAUUUUUUUCAACCUGCCCAGAGAUGUUACUGCAUACUUCUGGAACAGGGGGUGACUUGAAACCAGGUUUCUCGGUCUAGGGGUAGGGAUUCUACCACUGGGCCAUAAGAGGGCUCCAGCUCUCAUUCUUCUAAAUUCCAAUGAAUAUAGAUCCAACUGCUCAACGUUUCCUUGUAAAAAAAACUUUCGUCCCCUAAAUUGCUCUUGUGAUCUUCUCUGAACAGCUUCCAAUCAAAAUGCACCCCUUCUCAAUGUAUUGAAUGGUACUAUGAUCAUCAGGCUCUCGCUUUAACCAAUAGUAACUCGCCCACAACCAACCUCUAAUAUUGAACAAGAUCAUUAACCAACAGUCAUGUUCUGGUAGGUGGUAGCAGUGAUCCCAACAAGCAAGGUGCCAAUUGCAAAGUACUGCUCACAUAAGGUAAACCAGGACAUUACAAACACUUAAUAGCCUUUAUUUUUAAUUAAGAUGCCCACUUUUGCAAAAUAAUAGGUUUUUUUGUUAUGCAGACGUUUGGCAAUCAACAAAUACAACAUUAGGUUUUUUUUUUGGGUCAGAAAGGGCAUUUAUCAAUUAUUAUAAAUCAAAAUAAUUUAAUCACCUGGUUGCAGCUCAUUCAACAAAGUGCAUGGUUUUCUAAGGAUUUUAAACAGUGAAACAAAUGGCAUUGAAGGGGGUGUUUGCAGUGUAGAUAUCAGUCUAUGCGAAUCUCUACAAUGCAGCCAACAGAGUAGCAUAGAUUCACUUGACACCAACUGCUGCAUUUUCAUGUUGCUCUGCAAAUUAAUGUAUCCCUUCCAUGUUAGCAGUUUUCAUGGAGUAACAACAAGCGACAGUGACAAUGUUGGUGGAAUGAACACAGCAAACUCCAGGCUCUUUAAUGAAUUAUGCACCUUUCAGACUUUAGUUUCCAAAAACUUGAGCAUGAAAGAAAAUUGCGCAAAGAGUCAGCAAUUUAAUAUGUAUUCUGUGAAAAUUACCUCAAGUAUACUUAAAUGAAGAUUUGGAGCUGAAAAUAAAAAUGAUGAAGCUCACAUCUGCUCCUUCAAUGAGUGCGCAGAGGGAAUAUCAGAUCCAACAAGCUUUGUAAAUGUAAAAUUAAUUUUUUACAGAUUCUGGAAUGCAAUGUUUUUUAACCUGGAGUCUCCUUUUUAAUUGUUUUAAAAAUCCAAUCAAAUAAAAAUGGAUUUGUAAUCAG